UGAGGCGGGUGGUCAGUGGUGAACAACCGAGUCCUCAAAAAACGGAUCCGAAGAAGAAGAAGACUGCAAGUGCGUAAUGCGCAUUGCCGUACGAACGUUGGUGAGUCAAUGUAAUAAGUGCUACUAAAUAUCAAGAUGUCUGCCUUCCAUAAGUCUGCUCCAAACUGUGAAUUACUCGAAAUAGAAAUCGAUACGAAGCUCAGGAAUCCUGACUGUCCUCUUGACCGUGUGCGCCUGUGUCUCGACAACUGCCGGAUUAUGCAGAGUAAACAGGUGGUUCUGGAUUUUGAUGAUAUUGACAAGUUUAUAGUGGAACAAAAACCGUUGUUGCGACGUCUUGUACACACCCAAGGUGAUGAUUUUGAAUCAGACGCGACUUGUGGAAUAAUUGAAGGUGGUGAACGCAUCCUCGACAAGGUGCGUAGGUAUUUGCAGAAGCACAGAGACGACUGUAGCAACAUAGAUUUCGAAGCUCUUGAUAAAAUGAUUAUCGAGCAAAAGUACGCGCUGAUGCUUCUAAAUGGCGACCCUAUCGCUCGAAUGGUUAUUAAAUCGAAAUCUGUCGACGAUGAAAUUGGAGGAACGGCUUACCAAGGCACGAAGACGUCUGAAUGCGAUGUGCAUUGGAGCUCUCGAUAUGGUGGAACCCCUACACAUAAUGAGACUGCCGCGCUUGCACACCAUCCAGAAAGAGCCCUCUUAAAAUCAGAAAACCGCCCCAGAGGAACUAACAUUUCACCAUCAGCUAUGGAAAAGGAUUCAAAUGAAGAAAAUGGCAGAGUUUCUGGAAACGUCGAACUUCAAAAUUUGACUAAACUUGAUCGUCAAGGCUCCGUGACAACGAAACGCCAGGGACCAGCAGGAGAGAGUCGCCCUGCUGCUGUUCGCCGCUGCAUCAGAGUCAGACCAUACGGUGGAGAUACAGGUUCCUACAGUCGCCACCUCUACCAUUACUGGGCUACAGAGGUGAUUUCGACGCUGGGGCUUGAUUUGCCAAGAUUUAUGUUGAACUUGUUGCUCUUGCCUAUGUGGGUAGUGCUGGUGUCAAUGGCAGAGGUAUACUGCGUGUGCUUGCGCAUCAUGGGUUACUUCUUGGUCGUCUUGACUAGAGACUUCUGCAACAUCGCGUCAGCACUGAUGCGCGUCGUUGAAUACGUGUUUGCGAAAAGCAACAUCGAGGAAACUACAUCUCGGAUAAAGGACACCAUUUAUGACACUUUUUGCGGGCAAUGUGGACGCGAGACGGUGAGAAACCUGAAACAACGUCAACGAGGCGAAGAAGGAAACUAUACAAAAUAGUCCAAGAACUUGCGACGAGGCCAUUAGUAUAUGUCAUGAGGUGCGAAAUGCAUUGAAUAUUUUAGAAGCUUUGAUACAUUGUUCUGUUUUCAAAUAAAUGCGUUCCUUACAAAACCUUGAGAGUAAAUACCUCUUAGUAAAAGUAACGAAAUUUUCGAGCGACUCUUUUGGAUUAAGGAUAAAUUAGGGAGAGGUAAUAUCGAAUGAUAAUGUGCGAUAAUGAGUAUUGACAGAUAAGAUGCGUAACGGCUAAUAUAAAAUCGUCACUGAAACUGUAAAAUUUGAGGUCUCGUAUUAUGAAUUGCAAGCGAUUUGAAGUGACAUGUUAUUGAUUUACAUGGAUGAAAUUGCCAGGUGAUUGUUGUCGAAAUCCCAUACCAACGUGAGGCAAUGGUAAUUGCGACGAAAAUCUCAGAUGAAUGUAAAAUCAAUUCAUGCACAAUUCAUAGCGUAAAAAUACGCAUUUCAUCAACUAGUAUCAUGAUUUACUUACACGACGACUUUGUUGUUGAGAUUGGCUAAAUUACAAGGGUUGUUUGUGAAUAUUCCACAUUUGGAACAUUUUCAUUAAGUGUAAUUCCGUCUGCACAUUUUCUGGGUUAUGAAGUCUUCGGUGUACAUUUUCUGGGUGAUGAAAAGUCUUCGGUUGCAGGCAUAGCGGGUCUUGGCCAAUCAGUUAUUGUGAGACUUCUUGCAACGAUGACUUGAACUGAUGAUAGCAAAGCGAUCGUUCAGAGCCGGCAGUGUAGGGCGCUCUAAAAUGCAUGCCGCUGCUCUGCCAGCGCUGAAAUUAGGCUUCAAAAAUACGAAAUUCGUCAUUCCCUCUCUUCUUAGACUUUCAGGCGGUGUUUACAUUCACAAGUAAUAUAAAUCCGUCUUCAUAUUGACACAUUUAGAGAAUUCAGGCAGAGUAUUAGGAAGAGGUUCUAACGAAUUGACCUCGUCACAAGAUAAGUUAAAAUCGCUUCUGAACAGAAACGAGCUUACUCGAAUAUCUCGGAUGAUUUAAUUUAAGGGAAUGCAGAAUACAUUAGGAUUCAUUCGUGUUGCAGAUCCUAUGUUUUCAAAUUAUCUAGUCAGGUUUAAAUGUUCAUUCCGCAUUUCCAUUAUGAUUUUAUGUAUUUGUCGAGUCGUUCUAACGCUACCAUGCAUGCCUGAGCUCCUUCCCUGUGAGGUGUACACUCACAUUUAAGGGUCUCAGGGAACGCAGAGAGCGCAUGUUUGAGCGCAGGAUGAAGUUAUUGCUGCCGACGAGCUGACGACUGACAAUAGCAGUAAUAGUAGCAUUGACAGUGAUAGUAGCAGUUCCGCCGUGGCUGUUGGGGUGACAGCUUAUCGCCGUGCAAACAUUUCUGGCAGGUGACAAUCGGGGUGCAUGUAGCUUCAGUUUACUUAGCGUUCAUAGUUGUUUGGUCACUUUGGUGAUACAACAGCAAAUUUCAGAGCACGUCGAGAAGUAC